GGCGUCUACUUCCGCCCACCAGAGGUGAUGUCCAGUGUCGAUGUCGCAAGCUCCAUCAAUGAUUUGAUGCAGCAUCCUCAUCUUCGCUCAUGAGUACAACUCACCUGUUACUGCCUGCCCGGGCCACUACUACCGUGACGGUGAACACGGAUGUCCGCACUUGAUACAUCUAAAUAUGUACACAAGCAGUCUGAGCUCUUUACAACGGUGCAACCUCGUUGCUUGGCAGGAUGUGGUCGCGGAGAAACGAAGACGACAAAAGGCAGCUAUACCCAAUGAAUGGCUAAUUCCCCCGAUAGAACAAGGCCGCACAAAUGUCCUUGAUAUCCCUAUCUCAUGCGGCUUAUUAUCGCCGCAAGAGGCUGAAAUUACAACAACAUCCGAUGUGUAUUUGCUUCUGGGCAAACUUGCUAGAGGCGAAUGGUCUGCAGUAGAUGUUACGACCGCCUUCUGCAAACGCGCUGUUAUCGCACAUCAACUAACCAAUUGUCUCACCGAGAUCUUCAUUGAAGAAGCUAUCCAACGAGCAAAUGAACUAGAUGACUUCUAUAAGAAGAAUGCAACAGUAGUAGGACCAUUACAUGGCUUACCGAUUUCUCUGAAAGAUCAGUUCCGAGUGAAGGGUCACGAAGCGUCAAUGGGAUAUGUUGCAUGGUUGGGUCAAGUCGCCGAAGAUGAUUCGGCAUUAGUGAAGUUGCUUCGGCAGAGUGGCGCGGUCUUCUAUGUGAAGACAAAUGUACCGCAAACGUUAAUGUGGGGCGAGACCCAUAACAACGUGUUCGGUCGAACAUGCAAUCCCCACAACCUUGCCUUCACACCUGCUGGCUCUUCUGGAGGUGAAGCUGCUUUACUUGCGUUUCAUGGUAGUAUCCUCGGUGUCGGAUCUGACGUAGGAGGAUCAAUCAGGAAUCCAUCACAUUUUUGCGGGGUUUACGGCUUCAAGCCUAGCUCUCGUCGAGUUCCCACCUAUGGAAUUGUCAACUCACUCGAUGGCCAGGAUGCCAUCGCAACGAUUGCAGGACCAAUGUCAACAUCACUUUCAGGCAUCAAAACUUUCAUGCAAUCUGUGCUCGCGGCCAAGCCAUGGCGUGUCGACCCCGAUGUUAUCUUCAAACCCUGGGACGAUGCUGGCUAUGCACUGAAAGAACAUGGGGAAGGCUAUAAACUCUGUUUCGGUCUUAUCUGGGAUGACGGCAUUGUAAAACCUCAUCCGCCCGUUAUGCGAGCUCUUGAAUGUGCCAAGAGGGCGCUGGAGAACGCUGGCCAUGUCCUCAUUGAUUGGGUUCCCCAUAAGCACGCUGAAUUGAUAGCGAAUGCACGUUCCACCUUUUUAGCCGAUGGCGGAGCUGAUUACGCUGCUGCACUGAUCUCCGGCGAGCCCAUGAUACAUUCCAUGAAAUUGGAUGCGGACCCGAAUGACAUACCAGAGUUCCGAAAACCUCGUGAACCGCUCACCGCUUAUCAACUAUGGCAACUUCACAAGGAGAGGCGUGAACUGAGAAAGGAAUACUUCGAUCAUUGGCAGGCGACUGAAGAUGUUACUGGUACGGGUAGGCCUGUCGAUGCGAUAAUUUGCCCUGUGUCGCCUUAUGCUGCGGUUCCUCACGGAGAGAAGAGGUCUGCAGUUUAUACAUUGGUUUGGAAUACCCUGGAUUGUCCAUCGUUGGUCUUACCUGUCACUCGCGCGGACUCCGCAAUUGAUACCCAGGUUCUUCCUCAUGAGUUCAGAAAUCUUGACGACCAAGCUGUAUAUGAAUUGUAUGAUCCUGAAUGCUUCCACGGUUUACCUGUUGGCCUUCAAGUUGUUGGAUACAGAGGCGAGGAAGAAGCCACCAUAGCUAUGGCAGAGCUAGUAGACGCUGCGUUGGCAACAUGAGCAUUGCAAGAUUUGUUCGCUACUGCUACCAGUAUUAGUAGCGGCUUUAUUUAUCCAGAGAAUGCGACAUAACAAGGCUGACCGUUCAACGUAUGGUUCAAUGAGAUACAACAUGCCAGAUGCAACUUCAACAUGAAAUUACCUGGCUCCUUCCUAGAAUGGCAAUAUUCUUA